AUGCCGCGAGUGUACAAGCCAGGAAAAGUAGCGAUCAUCCUCCAAGGACGCCAGGCAGGCAAGAAGGUUGUUGUCAUUAAGCAGCAAGACGAGGGCACCAAGGAGAGACCAUACCCCCAUGCUAUCGUUGCUGGCAUCGAGCGCUACCCAUUGAAAGUCACGAAGCGCAUGGGUUCAAAGAAAGUAGCGAAGCGGAGCAAAAUCAAGCCUUUCAUCAAGGUGGUCAACUACUCGCAUCUAUUCCCCACACGAUACGCGCUUGAGCUGGAGGGAUUGAAGGGCACUGUUGCAGCGGAUACCUUCAAGGAGCCCUCGCAGCGGGAAGACUCAAAGAAGCAGAUAAAGAAACUGCUGGAGGACCGAUACACAGGCGGAAAGAACAAAUGGUUCUUCCAACCUCUUCGAGUAAAAGGUGGUGGGCAUGCUUCUAACCCAGGUUUCUCCUCGACGACGGGGGUGCAGAUUGCCAUGGCUCGCUUCAAUGGAGUUACGUAUGAUUCGACUACUCAGACAGCUGAGAUCGGCACGGGGCUCAUCUGGGAUGACGUUUACGCGGCUCUGGAACCCUUUGGUGUGAACGUCGUCGGAGGGCGGGUCACUGGUGUUGGCGUUGCAGGCUUCACGCUGGGCGGAGGAUUCUCAUUCUUGACUAAUCAGUAUGGUUUAACUAUUGAUUCCAUGGUGUCGUACGACCUAGUGCUUCCAAAUGGCACUGCUACGACAGUGACUGCCUCAUCAAAUCCAGAUUUAUUUUGGGCUUUGAAGGGUGGUUUCAAUAAUUUUGCAAGUCAGAAGUUUGAUAAAUCCGGGAUUGUUACACAAUUCACUCUGAAGGCCUACCCACAGGGAGAAGGUGGUAUAAUCCUUACUUCGGAGAUCGACCAAGUCGAGACGGCAACUGCUAACUUCUAUGCCAACGUGACUGAUCCAAAGGCUUCUAUCAUAUCAACAUUCAAUUAUGACCUCGGCCUAACUAUUGCCGAAAUUAACAUUUUCUAUGAUGCACCCGCUCAGCCAGACGGCAUUUUUGACGAAUUUUUGGCUAUCCCAGCGCUGCUUCAGGAUAUAUCCACCCGUUCCUUCCUAUCGCUCGUUCUCUCCGCUCCAAGCAACGUUACUACUGGUCUGCGCGGUUACUUCGAUACUGUAUCUUUAUAUGAGAUCACUCCAUCAAUAAUGGAGGCUAUUGUCAACGAAACGGAAUUUUGGUCCUCCAACCUCGCUCUCGAAGUUCCUGGCUUAUUUGUCAGCUACGACGUCGAGCCCUUCCUCCCCAAUGCGUUCUCAUAUGGAUCAGAUUCGGCAUGGCCUCCUACUCGUACUCAGACGGUCCUGCCAUUGAACAUUUAUUACGGGUGGGGUUUAGAGGCUUCAGACUCCCUCAUCAACCAAGUCAUGCAAGAAAGCGCAAGCUAUCUGGCUCAGCUGGCUGGUGUAGCCAGUGCAGCGCUGUAUCCCAACUAUGCCAUCUACGACACACCGUUGGCAAAUAUGUACGGGGACAAUGUUGCCAUGCUGCAGGAGAUCAAAACCCAGUACGAUCCGGAUAAUGUGAUGAAUCUUGCAGGCGGUUGGAAGUUCUGA